CCGUACUCUACAGGGGAGCUGUGGAAGGUUAUUGUUAUUAUUAUUUAUUUAAUUUUUAUUGUUACUGCUGCUGUGGUCGUUCACGGUUGAGUAGAGUAGAGUACUCUACAGUGGUUCAGGUUCCUCUGGACCGACGUCCUCCGCAAUCAGGUAUAGCAGUUCUCUCUCUGUGUCUCUCUGGUGGACAGUGUGUCUCAGACGAAUGUAGGUACAUACAAUUGAUCCAACUGGAGAAAGUACUUAUACCCCCCGCCGUGCCCCGUCACAUCCCGCCUUUCCUUUCCCCCCCUUCUAUUCAGACAUCCCCAUCCAUCCAUCCACCUGGCACUCGAAACAACUUGGCCCAGGACCAAAGAAAGAAGCAUCGACAUCACAGCGAGACUCAGCGCAGUUUUCGCAGUCGUCCCCCGCCGACUCGGCUUCCUACAUACAUACACACACAUUCAUCGAUCGAUCGACGAGAUACACAGAAAUGGCGUCGACACCGAAUUACAACUCCUCCUCGGGCGACCUGGGCGAGAAGGAGACCGUGGCCCACGUACAAGGGCCUGGCUCGCUGGAAUCGGGCUCUAUCGGAUUCGAUCCGGAGGCUACAAAGAAGCUGUUGAGACGGAUGGACUGGCAUCUGGUGCCUUUCCUGGCUCUGCUGUACCUGCUCUCUUUCUUGGACCGCACAAAUAUCGGAAAUGCCCGUCUGGCAGGUCUCGAGAAGGAUCUCGGCAUGACCGGCCUCGACUACAAUGUUGCUCUCGCCGUCUUCUUCCCGUGGUACGUCGCGGCCGAGAUUCCUAGCAACAUGAUGAUGAAGAGGACCAGCCCUUCCAUGUGGCUUUGCGUUAUCAUGGUUGCCUGGGGUGUUUGCAUGACUCUCAUGGGUCUGGUUACCAACUUUGGCGGUCUUCUCGCUGCCCGUAUGGCUCUCGGUAUCGCUGAGGGAGGUCUCUUCCCCGGUGUCACUUUCUACAUCACCCUCUGGUACCGGCGCCACGAGUGCGGUCUGCGAAUGGCCAUCUUCUUCUCCGCCGCCACCCUCGCCGGUGCUUUCGGUGGUCUGUUGGCUCGCGGUAUCGCCGAGAUGGACGGAAUAGGAGGAAAGCCCGGUUGGGCCUGGAUCUUCAUCCUCGAGGGCAUCCUGACUCUCGCCGUCGCUGUCGUCGCCUACUGGGCCAUCAACGACUACCCCGCCACCGCAAAGUUCCUGAGCGCCGAGGAGAAGAUCGAGGUUGAGCGCCGCCUGAAGGAGGACCGCACCCACUUGGCCGACGAGUACGACAUGAAGUACUUCUGGGACGCCAUGAAGGACUGGAAGAUCUACGUCCACAUGUUCAUCACCAUCGGAAUCUACACCCCGCUGUACUCCAUUUCGCUCUUCCUCCCCACCAUCGUCAAGAACAUGCACUACACCAACGAGAAGUCGCAGCUGAUGACUGUGCCGCCCUACGUCGCCGCCUGUGUCAUGACCAUCGCCUGCGGCUACUUUGCCGACCGCCACCAGCAACGCGGCGUCUACAUGCUCCUGUGCUGCGUGAUCGCCAUCAUCGGCUUCACCCUGCUGAUCGCCACCGACGACCCCCACAUCCAGUACGCGGGUACCUUCUUCGCCGCCUGCGGUAUCUACCCCGCCGUGCCCAUGGGAGUCGCCUGGAACGGCAACAACAUUGGCGGCUCGACGAAGCGCGCCGUCGGCAUCGCCAUGCACGUCGGCUUCGGCAACCUCGGAGGUGUGCUCUCGGCCUUCUCCUACCGCGCCACCGAUGCGCCCCGCUACUUCUCGGGCCACGGACUGCUCAUUGGAACCGUCACCAUGAGUGCUUGCUUCACCAUCUUCAUGACGCUCUACCUCCGCCGCGAGAACAAGCGUCGCGACGAGCUCAUGGCGAGCCAGGGCCUCACCCUCGCCACCUACACGGACGAGCAGAAGGAUGCAGAGAGGGAGCGCGGCGACGAUGCCACUUUCUACCGCUACACCGUUUAGAAUGACGCCGAUCGCGCGAUCGCCAUCGCCAUGGUCAUCGCCGUCGACUACGUAACGCAUCUCAUUGUUCAUUUCUUUGGAUAGAAGUAGAUGGAUGGGGGCUAGAUGGAUCAUGUCCGCAACCGUUUUUUUCUUAUCUUCUUUUUAUUUUAGCUUGACAGCUUAACUUACUAUUCGUUAUACAUAUUUUUUUCUUCAUGACUCUGCUGGAGGGUAUUUAGCUGCCGCAUUUUUGUAGUUUUUUAUUUAUUUUAUUUUACUGUUGGUGAGGGGAGAUGGGAGAGGGG